AGAUGAAAGAUGGGCUAACUCAGAUCACGCACAAACACUAAACCUAUUAGGAAGAAGAUUAACUGCAGAUCACUGACAUGGCUCAAGUUCAGAUCACCACCAAUUGUAGUGUUAAAAAUAAGACUAGUUCAUCGAUGGCAUAUCACACUUGCAAAGAUUGGCAAGGUACGGCCUCUUAUCCUAAUCAGAUCCUAUCUCUUGUUGAAAUUUCUUUCCUACAUACAGGAAAUCUAAAUAGUUCAGAGGGAGCUGUUGUGUAUCGCAUUAAAAAGAGCAAUAACAAAUCCUUGGAUAUAAUGGUGGCUUGGUACGCUCAGUCCAAUUCUUCCAACAAGGCUUAUACUCUGGUCAAAGAAAUUGACUACUUUACAGCCGCCCGUUGGGAUGAAAUUAAAGAUUCCCUGGAAGCAUCCAGCAAGAAUAGCACCUGUACUUAUGACGGAUGCACCUCAGAAGUUGAAAUUGACGAUAAAAGUGCCGCAAAAUUUUCGGCGAAAAUAAGUUUUACUUAAUUGCCUGUGUUAAUGGCUGAUGUAAUAGGCUGUCAAAAUUACUAAGUAAAUAAAGUGCCUUGUGCAUUUGCACUCUUAGACUAUUAAAGUGAAUUUGGCAACCAAUAGACUAUUACUGUGUUGAUGUGUUUGUAUUGUAAUAUUUUAGUUUCUUAUGGAUCGUACAUCCCAUCUGGGAAUUUUAAAUAUCAAUAAAGAAUAACACCCUUUGGUUUAUAA